AUGACUAGAAUUCCACCAGAAACACUAAUGAUUCCUCGCUAUGGCGGGCGACGUAUUCUGCAGGCCCGUAUGCCUGAAGUUGGGGCAUGGAUAGUCGACAGCAAGUUAGAUGGGAAGGUCCCCUUUAAGUUGUGGAUGAAGCCCGAAGUGUACGACGACCUCUCCAAAAUAUAUCCCAGCAUUCCUGAAGUGGAGGACUUGGCACGAGGUGGUGGAUUCUUACACGGCCGACCUUUGCUGGAGAAAGAAGUAGAGAUAGAGACUUGCUGGGCGACCCGGCAGCCAAAAAGGUUGUACCGCAUUAUCCACGACGGACAACCGUUCGGGGGUAUUAAGUCAAGAGGCUUUGAAGAUAUCCAUAUUAACCCGGUCCACUUCCAGGUAUUGGUACAAAAGCAUCUUAAUUGGAAUUGCCGCAACCCAAGCCCAUUCCUAUCCGUUACAGACGACCUGAAAAAGGUGAAGGUGGUGGCAGCAGUAUUCCAGGCUCGCGGCCACACCGGGAUCCAAAUACUAGAGCUUGACCCUAAACACCCUGCCUGGGAUCAUAAGGUGCAAAAGGUGUGGAACGCUCGGGACCUCAUAGACACCUUUGGGACGCCUAUCCUCAAACGCCGACGUUUUCUGGAGAACGAAUACCUAGUGGAGAAGUCAAUAUCACCCGAGAGCAUCACUGGGCGGUUCAAAUGGAAAGAAGCAAGGCGAAAACUCGACCCGAUCGGUUUCAUGCAGAAUCUGAUGGCGAGAAGAGUAGUGAACCAAAAACAUAAGAAAAGAGAACGGGAGCGCGAGGCUCGGAGGGCAAAGGAAUCUAAGCUAAAAGAAGGGAAAGGGGUUGAAGACCGAGACAAUAUGAAGGUUGCGAGGAAGCGAAAUGGUCUGAAGAGGACGACGGAGUUCAAACUACGGCUAUGA